AUGACUCAAGAGCGAGAAACGCACAGUCUCAUGCACAUCCACAAGGUAUUUCUAGUAGAAAGUUAAGAAUUAUUGAUAGAAAAUAAUGAAAAUGAGGCUGAGAAUUUUGCGCCGUUACAAGUACAGGGAAUACGCGCUCUAUCUACAAAAAUACAUUUUUGCUAGUUUUGAAUGCAAACUGAGAGCGGAAAACUUUUGAAAAAAAUUCAAAUAGUUUUUUUAGAAAAUUUUAUAAAUGGAGCUCGCCAAACGUAAAAUGGCAGUAGCUUUUUUUAUUGUAUGGAAAGAAAAGAAAUAAGAAAAUGGGAUGUAUUGUGAAUUAAUUCCUAGAAUUCUGAAAACUACGCUUUGGAAAAUUUUCAUGCUCUGUUUGAACAAAUAGAGUGUAGCAAACAUUCCAGCCACGAUUAAGGGGUUUUGAACCAUAAAUGUCUUGUUUUUCCUGGAAUUUUUGUAUAUUUUGAUCUAUCUGAAACUUUUUACAGGGUAUAAACCGCCUGGAGAUGCUUCCUAGUCAUAUAAAAUCAACUCCGACACCAGUUCAUUUGCUAGGCUUCGAUAUAGCUCAUUUGUGAGUGUUUUCUCAAGUAAAAAAGGGUGAUAAGAAUCAGAUUUGAACAUUUACGCUUCAAAUUGUGAUAAUUCCGGUACCAGAAAUUUUUUAAUUAAUAGGAUACAGUAAUUUUAUUUAACUGUGGCUUGAGUGAUUACAAAGUUUCAUAGUUUUCCGAAAAAAAACGUGUAAAAUGACUCAAGUGAAAAUAAACUAGCUCCAGUUCCAACUUACGUGCCGAAAAUUUGUAUUUCAACAAAUUUAAAACACUCACUUUGAGAAAAGUUAUGAAAAUCCUACCCUUCAAGGCUAAAUUCGGGAUUUUUCUGGUUUUAGGCCAAGAUGGAUGCAGUUUAUUUUGCUGUCGGCCUCCGUUUUCGUUUUCUACGUAGGAUAUGGCUAUAUGCAGGUAAUUGUAAUAUUCUUUAAGAAUUUCAAUAAAGAUGACACUUUCCAGGAGCUGAUAUUCAAACUGCCGGGCAUGAGACCUUUCGGUUGGUACUUGACACUCGUUCAGUUCAUCAUCUACAGUAGCUGUGGAUAUGCUGAAUGUAUCCUGUGGCACACUACCAAAAGAAAGUGAGCAUUUCAAAAUUCGAAAGGGGUUCUUCCCACGAACUCAUUAAAACUAAUGAUGAAGAAGCGUAGAAGUGAGAAAUUGGUAGUUUCUUUUGAAAAAUAUACAAUUUAGAUCGAUAUAAAUCUCUUUUUUCAGUUUAUACAUGGUUAGAGGACGUGAAAUGGGGAAAUAAACCUGGAAAAAGAGAAGAAAAAAAAAGCUUCUGUUAUAGUUUUAUUUCUUGAAACUACCAGUUUAGCUUCAAUCAAAGAAAUAAUCUUGUUUUUUUAGAUAUCGAAUAAAAAUUAUCCGCAACAGAUUCAAUAAAAAUCAUUAUUCCAGAAAAAAACUCAGCUUCGAAUUGAAGCAAUUGAUUGCUGAAGCGACAAUUUUUUUAUAAUUAAACAUUUUUUUCGGUUUAAUCUCAUAUAUCAUUGAUUACCAAGCUUGAACCGUUCUCCAAGAAAAAAUUUCUGAAAUUUUGGAGCUUUUUCUUCUUUUUUUUUGCAUUCAGAAAAACGUUCUCUUAAUUUAAAAAAAUUGAGAUUUUCAGCGUCCCUCUGAAUGUUUAUGCGAUGAUCGCGUUUUUCACAGUCGCCACUAUGGGACUGUCAAAUGCUUCAGUUGGCUACCUGAACUAUCCAACACAGGUAAUCUUAAUUUUCUGUUUUUUUUUGUACUCGAGAAGCUACUUGUAAUUGUAAUUUCCAAUUUUUAUGUUUUCAGGUCAUUUUCAAAUGUUGCAAAUUGGUGCCGGUACUCAUUGGAGGCAUUUUGAUACAAGGAAAACGAUACGGAUUAAUCGACAUUUGUGCUGCGCUGCUCAUGAGUUUAGGUAAUUGAAGUGAAUAAGAAAAAGAAAAUAGUUUUUGAAAAAAAAAAACGCCUUCAACUUUACAGUUUCUUCCUGAACUCAAAAAUUGUAAUUUAUUUCGAUUUACCAUUUUGAUUAGGUUAGAUCUGCUAUAAAAAGCUCAUUUUACGUGGCGGUUGGGAAUUUCCUGUAAAUUGGCCAGAACGCUUCUCGGAGAUGUAGAUUCUGAAAGUCUCAACCUGUAGCAUUUUUUAGUUUUUGAGAAAGGGAAUCUGACGUUCGAAGGGAACCUUCAAAUUCUGUUGAAAUAUGCUUUUUCGGGCUUUGAGCCCUCAUUUGUCGAAAACCAGAAAUUUUUUGUUUUGGACAAGUUUCAGCAAGUUUCUAACCGCAAACUAAAAUGACCUUCCUUGUUAGAUUUUCAGUUUGGAAAAAGCGAUCGUUCGCAGCUUUUCUUCAAUUUCUUCUGAAUAAUUUAAAAAAAAUCAGAAAUAAUAUUUAUGGAUAAAAUUAUAUUCAGAAGUUUAUAAAAAAAGGUAGAUAAAAUUUUUGAGUGAAGCUUGUAGGAAUUUACGAAAGUAAAUUUGAAAAAAACAAGCGUAUACAUUAAAGGCAUAGGGGCAGUAAAAAAAUGGAAAGCAGUAUCUUAUACAGUUUUUCUUUGCGAAUCGAAUGGUGUACUCAAAAAAAUUACAGAUGUGACAACUUUAGAAGAAAAAUGCGAUUUUACUUUCCCGCCAUUAAUUUUGAAAAAAGCUGUGGAUCGGUGCUCAGACAACUGAUUACAGUAGCUGUGCACGCGAUGUUGCGGACGUCUCAUUAGACUCGCAUUUUGUGAGAAAUAACCGGAUAUCUGCUUCAAAUUAAGAGUUUCUUCUCUGAAAAACCGAUUAAGAAAACAGAAAACACACAUUUAUAAUAAAGAAAACACAAAAUAUCGCUAUCCCCAUCGAAACCUGCGUAAAAUCAUCAUUUUUCACCAAAGAAGCAUUUUUGCGGUUAAAGUUUGCAAAUUAUACAUGAAUAGAAAGCUUUUGUGACGAAAAGAACUUUGGUGCCAACAGAAAAAAUUGAAAAUUGAAAGAAAUGAAGAAAAAAGCGAAAAUACGGAAGUUGGCGAAGCCUGUUGUCCAUAGAGCAACUUUACUGCAAAGCGCCCUUUUCGCGGGAACUCAAGCUUUCCUCUCUCCAACUUUGAAUUAGUUUUUCUCCAAAACUAGGAAUUUCUGUACGUUUCCAAGUUCACCGUUCGAUUCGCAAUGAAAAGCUCUAAAAAAUACUGCUUUGAACUGAAACACCGUUUUUUACUGCCCCUAUGCCUUUAAUAGCUCAAGCUUUAUACAACCGAGUGGCCAACUUAGGGAAAAUGAUUUUGAUUGGAAUGGUUUUGAAGCCUUUUUUAUUGUUUCUGUGCAAAAAAGAGCUUUUUUUCCCCUCAAAAGUAGUUUUUAUCGUUUUAUUCCAGCGUUUUCAGCUGUAAUUUUUCUAGCUGUUUCUCUCUGAAAUUUCUGAUAUGUUUUCGUGAUUUUCCAGGGAUCGCCCUGUUCACUCUGGCCGACACCAAAGUCGCUCCCAACUUCGAACCCCGUGGCUAUAUCAUGAUUUCUGGAGCUCUUCUUGCCGACGCCGUUAUUGGAAAUGUUCAGGAGAAAAGCAUGCGGAAACACGGAGGGACUAGCAAUGAAAUGGUCCUUUUUCGGAGAUUUUGAGAAAUUUAUUUUGAAUACUAAUUUUAGUUCACCCGUCAUAAUUAAAAUACGAAAUCCAUUACGAUAAUAUUUUCUCUUUUUCUGCGAAAUGAAGGCCCUGAAGAAUAAUUCAGCGAAGUUUUAUCAAAAGAUCAACCGGGGGCUCAAUAACAAUUUUCUUGUCAACUUAUCAAAGUAAGUUGUUUUUUUUUCAGGUUCUCUAUUCGUAUGGAAUCGGCUCAGUGUACAUAUUUGCGUACACGGUUUUGAGCGGCGAAAUUUUUUCAGCCGUCUCUUUUUUCUUUGAGGUUUCGUUUUCCGACUGAAAUUGACCAUAUUAUGAGUUCCAGCACCCUUGGGAAACGUACGGCUACGCACUAAUUUUCGGUCUUUUGGGUUAUCUUGGCGUCAACGUCGUCUUGACUUUGAUUCAGGUACGUUUCAGAUGUUUUCAGAGGGUAGGAUAAGAAAAAACUGUAUGAUAGAUAUCCUCGAAAUAGUAAAAACAAAGAAAAACACAAAACUAAUGGAAAGAAAAACUCUUCAUGGAAACUUUUUAUCUCUGAUAUCUUCAGUUUUUCCUUUUUUUCCUCUUACUUUUUUUAUUGAGCUCAGAGGUUCUCACAAUUUCAUAAUUUCAAAAAGAAGUACAAAACUUUCGUUAGAAAAAAAUGGACGCAUUUAGAAUUAUUUUUUUAUAACAAGUUGCAUUUAAAAAAAUUAAAUAAAGAUUGCGAAAAAAAUUUUUUUAUAACAAGGGAUUGCGAAUAAAGUUCUCAUCGAAAAAAAGGAUAAUUAUGGAUUCCAAAAAAAGUAAUUUUUUUUCUUAUAUGUUAUUUUACUGUUGCUCUGGAUGUUCAAAUUAUAAAACCAGUGUGCGUUCAUUGCUGCUUCUAGCGGUGUUUUUUCGUUAAAAUUAUUUUCCUAGCAGUCGGUUCCGAACUUUCUUUUUCGGAUUGCGAGGAAACACCAAAAUCUUGGUGUGAAUGUCAAUAACUAUUUUUGUGUUAACUGUUAUUUAACUGUUCAAAUAACUUUAUUAAUCGAUUCACCUGUUUUAUCCCUUCACUUCUUGGAAAAAUCUUCAUUCUAGGUGUUCGGAGCUCUCGUUGCCGUGACUGUGACAACACUAAGAAAAGCGCUGACAAUCGUUUUGUCUUUCGUUUUAUUCUCGAAACCUUUCACCGAGGAGUACGUCUGGGCGGGACUCGUCAUUUUGUUGGCGAUUUAUUUGAACUUGUACAGGUACAACCAGAUUUCUUGAAACGGUAACGCUCGAUUUGUUCCAGCAAAAACAAGUCGAGUUGGGACACGAAGCUGAAGCAAAUCACCGCCCGGAUUCUGGGCUAUCGGUUCAGUGCCGUCAUGAAAAGCGAUAUGUUGAUGGUGUAA